AUGUUUACUCCGCUUGGCUUGUUCAAGGAUGUCCCCUGUCCUCAGGGCCAGGAAUGCGCUCUCUUGACUUGCAUGUUUUCUCACGAAAUUACCAACCCACCCGCAGAGGUCGACAAAAGCGCCAAGAGUACGCAGUCAGAAAAGGAGCCCACGACUACCCAGGAGUCUCCGCCCCUGAAGAAACAGAAGCUUCAGGCAACGGCCGAGGCUGGCAGUGCCAAGAAGGAAGACAAGCCUUCAUCUUCGCUUCAGAACAAAACUAGUGAUCAAAAAGCUACACCGACAAAGAAGGCCAGCGCUAAGGCCCAAACAACAAUUCAAACCCCUGCGAAACUUAAGUCUAUAUCCAGAGGUGUCUCUCCACCUCCUUCUAAGGCCGAACCUUCAACAGCGAAGCGCGAGGCAUCAUCGUCUGCAAAACCGGAGCAACGUCCUCCGCUACGCAAAGCUCCCCGCGAGAGUCUGAAUCCUAGGAUGUUGGCGAAAGCGCCGGUGUCUCAUGGCGUGCGGCUAUCUAUUUUGACGAAGCUUCAUGCUGCUAUGUCAGCCUUGAAUGACAAGAUAGCGAAGGACAAAGAAAAUAAAGAUAAAAGCAUAGCCUUAACCCCCAACGAACUCAUCACGAUGGCUCUAGAUGAAGAGGAAAAGACGGCAAAAGGGAAUGCGAGUGUAUACGGCAACGUAAUCAAACUCCGCAUUGUCAAACUCUCGAAGAUGAGCAAAGAAGAUUGGGUGAAAGAGGUCAAAGCUUAUCUCAAUGAGAGAUACUACAAGACAGCGCCUAAUGAAGCAGACCAGAAGCCUACUGUUCUUACAACUGGCCUGAGCAUCAAAGAGGAAAUAGCAAUUGCAGGAAGACUAGUCACGCCUCUUAUAGGAUUGGAACAAUAUGGUUAUGUGACCAAACCACCCACAGACGAGGAGAUUGAGGGCGCAAUGAAAGGGGUCAUUGAUUCUAAAGGAUGGGAAAAGUGUGAUCGAUGUGGUGGGAGAUUCCAGGUCUUUCCUGGCCGCCGUGAGGAUGGUUCGUUGACAACAGGAGGGCAGUGCACAUACCACCCUGGCAAGCCGUUUUACCCCCCGAAGAAGCGGACAGACCAUAUCACUGGCCAUAAGGAGGCCUAUUUCACCUGCUGCAAUGAGACCCUGGGAACUUCUUCUGGAUGCACCAAAGGCGAUACCCAUGUCUUCAAGGUGUCGGAGGCCAAGCGACUAGCGUCCAUCCUUCAGUUCGAGAAGACUCCGGCGCAACCAGACAAGGGCCCCCUUCCACCAGUAUGUUUCGACUGUGAGAUGGGAUAUACUACCUUGGGGCUGGAGCUGAUCCGGCUCACGGCUGUUAGUUGGCCCGAGGGCAAGGAGCUCCUCGAUGUUAUUGUCAGGCCUAUGGGGGAGAUUCUUGACCUGAACUCCCGGUUUUCUGGUGUCUUCCCCGAACAUUAUAAUAACGCGGCCCCCCAUGAUGGCUCAGUUGUGCCGGCUAUUUCAUCUGCCAGCGAGGAUGGAGAGGUAAAAUUAACUCCUUUACAGGUAGUCGAAUCUCCCGCAGCAGCAAGGGCUUUGUUGUUCCAGCUGCUACAACCAGAGACACCUCUAAUAGGCCAUGCCAUUGACAAUGACCUCAACGUUUGCCGUAUUAUCCAUCCUACCGUUAUUGAUACCGUUAUACUAUACCCAGUCGGAGCAGGCCUACCCAACCGCAUGAGUCUCAAAACCCUAUCCAGAAAAUACCUUGAUAGGCACAUCCAGACUGGAGGGAACCGUGGUCAUGAUUCCAAAGAGGAUGCGAUUGCCACCGGUGACUUGGUCCGGGUCAAGGCCGCAGAAUCUUGGAAGGUGUUAAAGACGAAGGGAUGGAUUAUUCAGGAUGGUAAACUUGUCCCUCCUCCCGGUGCAACAGACGACACUGGUCCGAUAUGGCGACUUGGACCUGGAGCCGGGCAGAAGAGGACCAGUUCAGAUUUAGGUUAA